CCCACAAGUUCACCGCAAGCGUUCAAAUCGCAUUGUCUCGUCUCAUCGUCGCGGUCGCCCAGUCGUCAGUCGUCGCAUAUCUUAUCAGUUUUGCAUUGUUUUUUUCGGUAGAUAUUACCAAACGCUGCUAUAUCCUCGGUGUUUCUUUGGCUAAACCUCAUCGCCUCGCAUCAUCAGUUCCCGUGUGCGGUGAGCAGCUUUGUUUGGAUUGUGUUUCAUACAGCUUCGUGAAGUGGCUCUUCACGGUCUUCCAUCGAUAGCAUAGGGUAUUUAUAUCCACUCGGAGUUGAAAAAGAAAAUGAGCGAAGCACAGAUCUGUGACAUCAGCCCCGAGGCCAAGGAGGAGAUUAGCAAAUUUAGAUUCCGCCGGAAUGCCACCAACACUGCGCUGAUUCUGAAAAUCGACCGCGAGAAGCAGCUGGUCACGGUGGACGAACUGCUGGACGACGUCUCUGUGGAGGACCUGCAGGAACAGCUGCCCAGUCACCAACCGCGGUACAUCAUCUACAGCUACAAAAUGGUUCACGAUGAUUCGCGGAUAUCGUACCCGAUGUGUUUCAUAUUCUACACCCCGCGGGACAGCCAGAUGGAGUUGUGCAUGUUGUACGCGAAGACGCGUAUGGCACUGCAACGGGAGGCCGAUCUGACGCGGUACUACGAAAUUCGCGAGCUGGACGACAUGACCGAGGAUUGGCUGAAGGAGAAACUGAAAUAAGUUGGUGGAAAAACCUUGCCGGGAGAGGUUGGAACAUUUUUAAAGUUUUUUACACUAUGAAUCCCGUAACUUUUGAUCGGAUUCAUUGAGCAAUCACGACGAUUACGUCUUCGCAUUUGAGGCAGGAAAAUACGAGCUUUGCAUUUUAUUUUGCUAUGAACAUUGAUCAGACACAUCGCAUGACUAAUAAAUUGUGAUUACCGCAUUUAAAUUUAUUUGAUUGGUUGGUUUUAAAGAGUCACGGUAGUACAUACUAGUUCUGAUAUUAACUGUUAGAGAUUAAACAAGCGAACCAAAAGACAUUUGCGAUUAAGCUUUGUGACAGCCAAACGCUUGAAUUCCCUAAUUAGGCUUACAUUUUACAUCCAAUUGAAACAUACAUUGUCUCGCGUAUUUCCAUAAAGCUCGAGCAAAAUAUACCAAACGAAUUGAAUUUUUCGUUAUUAGUAUGUGGAAUUAAAUCCCCGAUGGUUUUAUCGGCAACAUUGAACACUAAGUUCAUCUAGUUGUAGUUGUAUGUAUUACCGAGUAGGUAUCGAUACACAGCGCAACAUUUUUUUGUCUCAAGAGCAAACUUAUGUGUCUCCGAAGGAUUUUGGGCCGCUGAAUCCGAAUCUGGGCUCAGAUUUGCUCCAACACGUCACAAUUUUGAGCUAUACCUCAAUUUAUAAGGCAAAAUAUGCGAUUUUGGGCUUUUUUGACUGCAAGCCAUUAAGCUUGGAAAUAUUAUUUUUAAGCAAUCAAAAGGUUAAUUGGUCAAUUAACAUCUAAAUUAACGACUCAUGGAAAAUAUUUCGUUUUACAUAAUCAAAUUUGAUAGAUUUAAGCAUUUUAUGUUAGUAUGAAAACUUGCAUGCAACUUUUGGAGGAUGACUUGUAUGGGAAAUAUCGUACAUAACAUAAAUCGCUUAAAACUAUCAAAUUCGAUUUGGUAAAACCAAAUAUUUUGCAUGAGUCGUUAAUUUAGAUGUUAAUUGACCAAUUAACCUUUUGAUUGCUUAAAAAAAAAUAUAACCUUGCUUAAUGGCUUGCAGUCAAAAACGCUCAAAAUCGCAAAUUUUGCCCUAUAAAUUGAGGUAUACCUCAAAAUUGUGACGUGUUAGAGCUAAUCUGAGCCCGGAUUCGGAUUCAGCGGCCCAAAAUCCUUCGGAGACACAUAAGUUUGCUCUUGAGACAGACAAAAAGUUAUUUUUUGUUACGCUGUGUAAGCGAACAUUGAACAACAAUAAACAACAUAAUCAUCAAACGAUCACAGGCCGAACUAUGUGUGUAAGCUUAGAGAGAGUACAAGUUAAUAUUGGUAUACUAUUAGUAGAGUAAUGCUUGAAGAAGCGAACAUUCGAUAUCUAUUAUAUACCGGAAUAGCAAUCAUAACUACGGCGCAAUAAAUAUAAAAGUGGAUCGACACUUCUCUGAUCAUCAUA